GUGAGCCACCACAUCUGGCGCUACGAUGCCAAAUCUCACCAAAAUAACAAAUAACAUUUUAAGCAUACUGCCAACAAAAAUAACAGGGAGUAUGAUUAACAUAUUCCAAGUCCACACAGAGUGCUCUGUAUAAAUUACAGCGCCUGGGAUCCUUACACUGAAGUUGGAUGGAACAGCAGUGACUUUGCACUUGGAAGACAGUCACGUCACUUCUGCUUAAUCUCUACAGGCAAGGGAAGCAAGGCCCGCUGUACCUUGAACUGCUAGGCGAAGGCAAUAACCAGCUCAAUGAGUUUUCUCUUUGCCAAAUGGCAAAAAUGGCCAGUUGAAGACUGAUCCUUAAUAAAUAUAAACCAACCAACCAACCAACCAACAAACAAACAAACAAAAGCCCAUUCGAUCUGAAUCACAGUGAUUUGUUCCCAUCAGGGUCCAGUUUGCCCUUCAUAAAGUGUUCUGCCAGUAAUUCUGAGAAAGCAAUCGGUGUUAAGGGGCCAAGAAUCCACUAAUGUCUACAAAGCACGCGAUGCCAGGGGUCAAGCAGGCUAAUCCAUGAACCAGUAAGUAGAAAACCAACACUAUUACUUUGGUAAAAGUUAAGCAAUCAUACAUUAAUUAUUAAGCAAUGGCUCUAACAGACCUUAGUGAUACCCAACUGGAACAAAAUAAGUAAAUAUAAACCAGGCAGAGGGCAGGAGCAGCUACGGUGUUAAUAAGUUUAUCUCUUGAGCAAUUUUGGUGUCAUCUCUGAUUAAGAAUACACCUCUGCUCACAGACUUCUGGAACGUGCACAUGAUGUGGGGUGCAAAACCACAGAGUUAUAAAAUCAGAGGGCACAGGAGCACGACACUGUACCCAAAAGCCUGUUUUUUUUCCAACUUUACACUCUCCAAGUUACCCGCGUCCCAGCAGCCUUUGCGUAGCUUGCCUCCAAUCAGCGGGAAGCCCCGGCGAGGGCGGGGAGGCGCGGUGGGGCCACGCCCCCUCCUCGCCUGGUCUCUGCAGUCACCCUCCAGAUGUGCCAUCCCCUCCAUACCGGACUGAGCUGUAUCGCUACCCUAGUGGAGGACAAAACCAAGGAUGUGGAGUACAUGUUCGGUGUCGUAGGCAUCCCCGUGACCGAAAUCGCCCUUGCUGCCCAGGAACUGGGCAUCAAGUACAUUGGGAUGCGGAAUGAGCAAGCGGCUUGUUAUGCUGCCUCUGCAGUUGGAUACCUGACAGGCAGGCCAGGAGUGUGCCUUGUUGUUUCUGGUCCCGGUCUCAUCCACGCCUUGGGCGGCAUGGCAAAUGCAAACAUGAACUGUUGGCCCUUGAUUGUGAUUGGUGGUUCUUCUGAAAGAAAUCAAGAAGCUAUGGGAGCCUUCCAGGAGUUUCCACAGGUUGAAGCUUGCAGAUUGUAUACCAAGUUCUCGGCCCGGCCAAGCACCAUAGAGCUCAUUCCGUUUAUUAUUGAAAAGGCAGUGAGGAGCAGUAUCUAUGGUCGCCCGGGAGCUUGUUACAUUGACAUUCCUGCAGAUUUUGUGACCCUCCAGGCGAACGUGACUUCUAUAAAAUACAAGGAGUGCUGCAUGCCACCUCCAGUUAGCAUGGCAGAAACCUCUGCUGUGUGCGCAGCAGCCUCUGUUCUUCGGGAUGCCAAGCAACCCCUGCUUAUCAUCGGGAAAGGCGCUGCCUAUUCCCACGCAGAGGACAGCAUCAGGAAGCUGGUGGAGCAGUGCAGUUUGCCAUUUUUGCCUACGCCUAUGGGGAAGGGGGUUGUCCCUGACAAUCAUCCCAACUGUGUAGGCGCGGCCAGAUCCAGGGCUUUGCAGUCCGCUGACGUGAUUGUGUUAUUUGGUGCGAGACUAAACUGGAUCUUACAUUUUGGACUGCCUCCAAGAUACCAGGCAGACGUGAAGUUUAUUCAGAUUGAUAUCUGUGCAGAAGAACUGGGGAAUAAUGUCAGGCCUUCUGUGAUUUUGCUAGGAGAUAUAGAUGCUGUCUCUAAACAGCUUUUAGAACAGUUUGAUAAAACUCCGUGGCAGUGCCCCCCAGACAGCCAGUGGUGGAAGACUCUGAGGGAGAAAAUGAAGAGCAAUGAAGCCAUCUCCAAGGAACUGGCUUCCCAAAAGUCCCUCCCUAUGAAUUAUUACACAGUGUUCUACCACGUUCAAGAACAGUUGCCCCGAGACUCUUUCAUAGUGAGUGAGGGGGCAAACACCAUGGACAUCGGACGGACUAUGCUUCAGAACUGCCUUCCUCGCCACAGGCUUGAUGCAGGUUCUUUUGGAACAAUGGGGGUUGGCCUGGGAUUUGCCAUUGCAGCCGCUCUAGUGGCUAAAGACAGAAGUCCUGGGCAGCGGGUCAUCUGUGUGGAAGGUGACAGUGCCUUCGGAUUUUCUGGCAUGGAAGUGGAGACCAUCUGCAGGUACAACUUGCCAAUCAUACUCUUGGUAGUAAACAAUAAUGGAAUUUACCAAGGUUUUGACGCUGACACCUGGGAAAAAAUGCUACAUUUUCAAGAAGCUGCUACAACUGUCCCUCCAAUGUGCCUCUUGCCAAACUCGCAUUAUGAGCAGGUCAUGACUGCAUUUGGAGGCAAAGGGUAUUUUGUACGAACACCAGAAGAGCUCCAACACUCGCUGAGGCAGGCUCUGCAAGACACAAGUAAACCCUGCCUUCUCAACAUUAUGAUUGAGCCACAAAGUACGCGCAAGGCCCAGGAUUUUCACUGGCUCACCCGUUCUAACAUGUGAAUAAACUACUUGAUGGUUAUGAGGAAUUUUCUCUUUCCCGCAAGGUAGAAUUUACUUUUCAUAGCAAAAUUACCAUAGUGCUAAAAUUGUAUUUAAAAAUACACUUUAAAUUGUAUUUUAUAGUAAAGAAAUUGACUAAAGCCAGA